GUCAAAUUGGCUUCAUGCAAACUGUCAACAACAGCGAGUCGAGCGUUCCAAAGCAGCAGCAGCAGCAGUAGCAAAAGACCUUUUUAUGGCACCGACUGCCCAUCGUUUCUGCAAAUGGAGGAAAGAACUACAGUCGUGUAACUGGAGCUUGUUGCUGAAUAUUCGGCCAAACAAAAUCACAAUCAGCUGAACCAAUACUAGAAAAUAAAAGACGAAGCAACCCUGCAGCCUCUCUCUUCAUUUAGUCCCGUCCUUUCUGUCUUGCCACCUUGAUCUGCCUCUGCUUGCAGUCGAAGCAGCGGGGUCCUCGUCCCUCACCGCAGGCCUCGGGCCCUCCCAUCGGCGGCCCGCUCCGGCCGUUUGCUGGUGUCUGAUGGCGCGGUGGGAUGCUAAGAGCAGCCGUGGGAGACUGUGAUGUCAGAGCCCGAGAGCCAGCGUGGCGCUCCCAUAUUCUUCGUGGGCUGCGAGGACGAUGACAGCGAGGUGCAGGAGGACAGCAUGAGGACAGACAUGGACCUGUAUGAGGACGACGAGGACACGCCCCCGGAGCGACAGAUUGUGGUGGGGAUCUGUUGCAUGAUGAAAAAGUCCAAGUCCAAGCCAAUGACCCAGAUUCUGGAGAGGCUGUGCCGGUUCGAGUACAUCACCGUGGUCAUCUUCCCAGAGGACACCAUCCUCAACGAGCCUGUGGACAAAUGGCCGCUGUGCGACUGCCUCAUCUCCUUCCACUCCAAAGGAUUCCCUCUGGACAAGGCGGUGAGCUACGCCAAACUGAGGAGCCCUCUGCUCAUCAACGACCUGAACAUGCAGUACUACAUUCAGGACAGGAGAGAAGUGUAUCGGAUCAUACAGGAGGAGGGGAUCGAGCUGCCGCGUUACGCUGUGCUGAACCGCGACCCAGAUAAACCAGAAGAGUGUAACCUGGUGGAAGGGGAGGACCAUGUGGAGGUGAACGGGGAAAUCUUCCAGAAACCUUUUGUGGAAAAGCCCGUUUGUGCUGAGGACCACAACGUCUACAUCUACUACCCCACAUCAGCAGGCGGCGGCAGCCAGAGACUCUUCAGAAAGAUCGGGAGCCGGAGCAGCGUCUACUCUCCAGAGAGCAGCGUGAGGAAGACUGGCUCCUACAUUUACGAAGAGUUCAUGCCAACUGACGGAACGGAUGUUAAGGUGUACACCGUCGGGCCGGACUACGCCCACGCCGAGGCCCGGAAGUCUCCGGCGCUGGACGGGAAGGUGGAGCGCGACAGCGAGGGGAAGGAGGUCCGUUACCCCGUCAUGCUCUCGGCCAUGGAAAAACUGGUGGCCCGGAAAGUCUGCUUGGCGUUCAAGCAAACGGUGUGCGGCUUCGACCUGCUCCGAGCCAACGGACGCUCCUACGUUUGUGACGUGAACGGUUUCAGCUUCGUCAAGAACUCGAUGAAAUACUACGACGACUGCGCCAAGAUCCUCGGGAACAUCGUGAUGCGAGAGUUGGCGCCUCAGUUCCAGAUUCCCUGGUCGAUCCCGACGGAGGCAGAGGACAUCCCGAUUGUUCCCACCACUUCAGGAACCAUGAUGGAGCUGCGCUCCGUCAUCGCCGUUAUCCGUCACGGAGACAGAACGCCCAAACAGAAGAUGAAGAUGGAAGUUCGCAACCCCAUGUUCUUUGAUCUGUUUGAAAAAUACGAAGGAUACAAAACCGGAAAGUUGAAACUGAAGAGGCCGAAACAGCUGCAGGAGGUGCUGGACAUCACCCGGCUGCUACUGAUCGAACUGGGGCAGCGCAACGACUGCGAGAUCGAAGAGAAGAAGUCCAAACUGGAGCAGCUGAAGACGGUUUUAGAAAUGUAUGGUCACUUCUCUGGGAUCAACAGGAAAGUGCAGCUGACUUACCUGCCCCAUGGGCAGCCGAAAACCUCCAGUGAAGACGAAGACACGCGUAAGGAAGGCCAGUCUCUGCUGCUGGUGCUGAAGUGGGGAGGAGAGCUGACUCCUGCUGGCCGGGUGCAAGCGGAGGAACUGGGCAGAGCCUUUCGCUGCAUGUACCCUGGAGGUCAAGGAGACUAUGCUGGGUUUCCGGGCUGCGGGUUGUUACGGUUACACAGCACCUACAGACACGACCUGAAGAUCUACGCGUCGGACGAAGGCCGGGUGCAGAUGACGGCGGCUGCCUUCGCAAAGGGCCUGCUGGCUCUGGAGGGGGAGCUGACACCCAUCCUGGUGCAAAUGGUGAAGAGCGCCAACAUGAACGGGCUGCUGGACAACGACAGCGACUCGCUGAGCAGCUGCCAGCGCCGCGUCAAGGUCCGGCUGCACGAGAUAAUGCAGCGGGACCGCGAGUUCAACGACGAGGACUACGACCAGCUGGCCCCGACCUGCGCUACUUCUCUUUUGAAUUCAAUGAAAGUGGUGAAGAACCCGGUGGCCACAUGCGAUCAGGUCUACGCGCUCAUUCAGAGCCUCACCUCUCAGAUCCGCACCAGAAUGGAGGACCCAAAGUCUGCCGACCUGCAGCUGUACCACAGCGAGACUCUGGAGCUGAUGCUGCAGCGCUGGUCCAAGCUGGAGAAGGAUUUCCGCAUGAAGAACAGCCGCUACGACAUCAGCAAGAUCCCUGACAUCUACGACUGCGUGAAGUACGACGUCAUUCACAACGCCACGCUCGGCCUGCAGGACACGCAGGAGUUGUUCCGGCUGUCACGAGCGCUAGCCGACCUCGUCAUCCCGCAGGAAUACGGCAUAAGUAAAGAUGAGAAGCUGGACAUAGCUUACGCUUACUGCCUCCCUCUGGUCAGGAAGAUCCAGCUUGACCUGCAGAGGACGCACGGAGACGAGUUUGUCAACAAGCUUCAUCCUCUGUAUUCCCGUGGCGUGAUGUCACCCGGCCGGCAUGUCAGGACUCGGUUAUAUUUCACCAGUGAGAGCCACGUCCACUCCCUGCUCAGCAUUUUCCGAUAUGGAGGCCUGCUCGAUGAAGAAAAGGACCAGCAGUGGAAACGCGCCAUGGAUUACAUCAAGGAGGUCUCCGAACUCAACUACAUGACGCAGAUUGUCAUCAUGCUCUACGAAGACAACAAUAAAGACAUUUCCUCUGAGGAGCGGUUCCACGUGGAGCUCCACUUCAGCCCUGGUGUUAAGGGCUUGGAGGAGGACGAGCACGCGCCGCACGGGUUCGGCUUCAGGCCCGCCUCAUCAGAGGUGCUGCGACAGAACGGGCAGAAAAAGGAGGACCGUGGCAGUCUGGAGGACCUGUCGCGAGACGAAACGGACCGCGCCGUUCCCACGUCGGAGCCGAUCACCAUUCAGAAGCGGUCGCCGCUCAUUCGCAAUCACAAAACCGGAUCAAUGGAGGUCCUCUCAGAAACCUCCUCCUCUAAAGUCGGCAGCUACCGUCUCUUCUCCAUCUCACGUCAGUCUCCAGAGAUGAAGCAAAGCGGCUUAGGCUCUCAGUGCGCCGGACUCUUCAGCACCACCGUCCUCGGUGGCUCCUCUAGCGCCCCUAACCUGCAGGACUACGCACGUGCAAACCGCAAAAAAUACUCCACCGCCGGUCUGUCCUACAAAGACGAACAAAGUAGAAGAGAUGAGGCCAGGAGAAUUGAGAAGGCAAAGAAACAGGGAGCAGCAAGAGAACAAAGGAGAAGAGAACAGGUCAAAAGAGGAAAGAAAGCAGUGACAGAACUCAGUAAAAAAGAGGUCGUCAAGAAACGUGAGCCAGAUAUAACGGAGGAAUCAGAACAGAAUGGAAACGAGGAGGCUAAGAAAAGUGAGAAAAGAGAGCGGGGUAGAAGAGGAUCAGUAGUAGAACUCGAUAAAAAGGAGGCGGCCAAGAAAAGUGAGAAAACUGAGACGGAUAAAACAGAGGAGCCAGAACAGAGUGAAAAAGAUGAGACUAGGAAAAGUGAGAAGGAUAAAACGGACGAAUCAGAGCAGAGUGGAAAAGAGGAGGCUGUGAAAAGUGUGAAAGAUAAAACAGAGGAGCCAGUAGAACAGAGUGCAAAAGAGGAGGCAAAGAAAAGUGAGAAGCGUGAGAAAAGAGAGAGGGAUAGAAGAGGAUCAGUGACAGAACUCAGUAAAAAAGAGGUCGUCAAGAAACGUGAGCCAGAUAUAACGGAGGAAUCAGAACAGAAUGGAAACGAGGAGGCUAAGAAAAGUGAGAAAAGAGAGCGGGGUAGAAGAGGAUCAGUAGUAGAACUCGAUAAAAAGGAGGCGGCCAAGAAAAGUGAGAAAACUGAGACGGAUAAAACAGAGGAGCCAGAACAGAGUGAAAAAGAUGAGACUAGGAAAAGUGAGAAGGAUAAAACGGACGAAUCAGCAGAACUUGGUAAAAGAGAAAAGGCAGAAAAAAGUGAGAAAAGUGAGAAAAGUGAAAGGGAUAAAACAGAGGAGCCAGAGCAGAGUGGAAAAGAGGAGGCUGUGAAAAGUGUGAAAGAUAAAACAGAGGAGCCAGUAGAACAGAGUCCAAAAGAGGAGGCAAAGAAAAGUGAGAAGCGUGAGAAAAGAGAGAGGGAUAGAAGAGGAUCAGUGACAGAACUCAGUAAAAAAGAGGUCGUCAAGAAACGUGAGCCAGAUAUAACGGAGGAAUCAGAACAGAAUGGAAACGAGGAGGCUAAGAAAAGUGAGAAAAGAGAGCGGGGUAGAAGAGGAUCAGUAGUAGAACUCGAUAAAAAGGAGGCGGCCAAGAAAAGUGAGAAAACUGAGACGGAUAAAACAGAGGAGCCAGCAGAACUUGGUAAAAGAGAAAAGGCAGAAAAAAGUGAGAAAAGUGAGAAAAGUGAAAGGGAUAAAACAGAGGAGCCAGAGCAGAGUGGAAAAGAGGAGGCUGUGAAAAGUGUGAAAGAUAAAACAGAGGAGCCAGUAGAACAGAGUGCAAAAGAGGAGGCAAAGAAAAGUGAGAAGCGUGAGAAAAGAGAGAGGGAUAGAAGAGGAUCAGAACAGAGUGAAAAAGAUGAGACUAAGAAAAGUGAGAAGGAUAAAACGGACGAAUCAGAAGAUGGAGGAAAUGCUGAAGAUAGAAAGAAAGACAGUGCACCAGAAGAUGAAGAUUCUGAGUUGUUGUCUAUGCCGGCAGUAAAACGAUUUUCUGUGUCGUUUGCAAAGCAUCCGACUAAUGGGACACAAGACGACUCGUCCACCGUCACAUCGUCUGCGUCCCGCUUGUGCAGUUGGACAGAGCCCGUGGAGGAACACCAUGUGGCCCAGUUGUUGAGGUUUUUAUCCACCGACCUCAGCUCGGGCCGCCGCCAGCUCUCUCUGGACCACGCUCUGGCCCACCACCUCCACCAGUGCUCCUACCACCUGCGCCUCUUCCGAAACUGGCUCAUCUCCGGCCAGGACCCCCUAGAGUGCCUCCACGGCUUCGAAGGCUGCUCCAUGGUGCCCUCCAUCUACCCGCUAGAGACGCUGCACAACUCGCUGUCGCUCAGGCAGGUCAACCAGUUCCUCACCAGCGUCUGCGAGAGCGCCGGGGAUACGCACACCAGGUCGUCCAGAGAUCUGUCGGCCAUGUUGAGCGCUCACAAUCAGCCGUCGGUGGACGCUUACAUCCCUCAGAGGGUGCUGUCGACCUCCAUGUCGCUCAGAUCUCGCUCUGAGAAACCUCCGUGGUACAGCAGCGGUCCAUCCAGCACGGUCUCCAGCGCCGGCCCGUCCUCCCCCACCACGGCCGACACUUCGCCGCGGUUCAGCUUCAGCGACAAGGUGUCGCUGACCCCGCAGAGCAGCGAGGAAACCCACUCCUCCCAAAACGCCUCCGCCCAGCCGCUGCCCGCCGAAGUCCCGCUGACGCCAAACAACUCCCCAGAGGAAGAACCCGAACCCGACAAGCAGCCUGACCACCCAGAACCGACAGACAGGAGGCGGACAGACAGGAGGCGGACAGACAGGAGGCGUCCUGCGGCGCUCGAGAGCCACUCCCGGAGCAGAGGCCGGCCUGCGUGGCGCUGGCGGAGCUGAAUCUGGGCCGCAUGGAGGGCUACUGCCUGCCCGGGUCGCUGCCGGUGCUGCUGGAGCUGAGGGAGAGCAGCAGCGAGGCCGGGUCCAGCUCGCAGACGCCCCAGUCCCCCGAGGGGCCAGACGAGUUCUUUGACACGCAGGAGUCUGCGGAGCUGUGGACGGACGGUCCGGAAGACGCCCCGCAGCCCGACACCGCCCAGGACCCAGAGCCAGUUCAGCCGGUGGAACAGUGAACCGGCCGGUCCCGUCCGACCGGGUUUUUAAUCGAAGCUCAUCUGUUACUCAGUCACAGCAGCCAGAGGGUGAAAAAGCAACCAGAGGAGAGCAGAGAGUCUUAAUAGCUGGGAGAAUAUAAUAAAUGCUGCAUUUUAAUUGGGUUUGGAAGUAGAGACGCUUGCAUGUGAUCAGCUGAGCAGAUCUCUGACGUUUCAGCAUUUUACUGCGGUCGUCUGUCCUGCACUGCAAAAACACAAAAUUCUACCAAGUAUUUUUGGUUGAGUGUCUAAUGCAAACAUCUUAAUACUUGAAAUGAGGAAAAACUAACUUAGAAACAACUUUUCCUCUGGAAUGCGAGAUGUUUUAGGUAAAAAUGUCCUAAUAUAAGAAAUUACUGACUGAAACUGCUAUAUUUUGUUGAAAAUGUGCUUGUGCUAAUACUAAGAUAUUUGGUCUAGAAAAUAGAGCAAAAGUACUUGGUGAUAUUUUGUGAUUUUUGAAGUGAAUUUUCUCUGAGUUUUGCUUUUCGUCAGAGUUGCUGAGAAUGUUUGUAAGAACACUGAACCAUCUUCAGUGUUGUUUUUUUUCAAUGUGCACUGCUGAUCGCCAAAGUCCUUAACCCUCAGUGAAGAUUUAAUUUAGAGACAGAGAUUUAUUUUGAAAAAGAAAAAAUGUAUUUUUAAGAACCUGCACAUUAGAUAUUUAACUGUAUAGCAUAUUCAUGGCUUUGGGUGUGUGUAUAUUUUUGCUAAAAACACAUUCAAGCCUCAUUUUAUCACUGAACAUAAAGGGGGGCAUUUUACAUUCGUUGUGCUUUUUAUUGUGAGCAGCGAUGUAGCACAGGGAGACAUGCUAGCUUCCGCAGCGCUGUGUGCCGUCAUGGUACUUUACGAUGAACUGUGGAAAAUAAAUGCAAACUGUGAGGCUGCAAUCUUACUGUGUGUACAGAUAAAACACGACAUCAAUGUGAUUCGUGUCAAAUUUCUGGUCAGUUGACUCAAAUAAACAUUUUGUCUUCAGUUGCAAUUA